UCCAGCGGCGGCGCCUCCAGUGCGACGCCAGGCGCCGCCACGCGCUCACCUCAGCCCGGCUCAGCGCAGCUAACGCCGCCUCUACCGACAUGGCGCGCAUCGCGGCGGUAUCGCUCGCUGUGUUCAUCGCUGGGGGGUGUUUGGUGGCGUCGAGCGCCGGCAGCUGCGAGAACCGCACCGACCGGCUGGACCAGUGCCUGAAGAAGCUGCCCGGCAUGCUGCAGGACAGCGGCAGCGGGCUGCCCACGUCGCCACACCAGCUGGACAUCUACUGCAGCGCGUUCCAGACCGGCAUGGGCUGCGUGGACGAGUACCUGCAGUGCGCGUCGGUGAGCAGCCGCCGGCUCGUGGAGCAGCAGGUGGAGGGCGCGCGCUACACCUUCCGCUUCCUCUGCGACGACCCGCAGUUCCGCGCUGAGUACUUGCAGUACACGGACUGCUACCGCGCCAUCUCGGAUGACUGGACGGAGUGCGCAGACCGCUUCAUGACGCUGGUGAAUGAGGACACGGCCGCGCUCAAGGACAGGCACACCCGCAUGCUGGAACUCUGCUGCGCCAAGCACGGCUUCCUGGUGUGUGUGUACGUGGCGAGCCGAGCGCGCUGCCGGCGCUCCGAGGCGAUGUUCCUGCAGCGCAUCGGCGAGACGCUGUCCAGCCUGCAGGUGUAUUCGCCCCUGUGCCGCCAGCUGGGCGUCGCCGUCUGCAGCCGCGCCUCCGCACCUGCUGGGUCCGCCGGCGGCGCCCGCCUCGCCGUCGCCUUCGCUGCAGCCGUCGCCUGGGCCGCCGCCAGCAUCCGCAGGCUCUAACAGGUUUUUAGAGACACAGUCGGCAUUUAUACUUUCGACAUGUUACCAACACUCUCAUGUGGACAAUGGACAUACGCUAACCGCUUCUGAGAAUAUGCGUUGGACGAAGUGUGAGAAGUCUGCGGGAAAAUGGCACCCGCUCGAAAGAGGUUCGUUUCGUCAAGAAGAGUCGUCUUUUCGCUGUUGUGCCACCACGACUUGUUGGUCACGCAUCGUUUUGGAAAUGAACGCUGGCUGCCGAACGCACAAGAGACUGCUGACCGAUGUCGGCGCUGACAUUCAAAGUGCCCUGUCCCAAUUUUAAUUCUAUCUUCUGUAAAGCGAAAUGUUUUACAUCUAUCAUUGUAAUUUACUAUUUAUAAACAUAGAAAACUGUAACACGUCACAUAUACCAGUACCUAAAUCUGUUAAAAGAAAAAAAUCACUGGGUAAUCAUCAUUGCUAUAUGAAGUAGAAACAGUAGGGCCAUAGUUUCCGACAAGCUUCUCUGUUUACUUCUUUGUAAUCAUACGCGACUGCGCCGAAAAUACAGCCUCAUUAAUGUUUCAUUAAAUUUUCGUAACAUUACAGUCACAUGCACGUGUUAGAAACAGUUUGCAGAAGAGGCAAUGCUGUCACAUCAUAACCGACUGAAACAUUGUAUUUAUUAUAUUAACAGAAUCGUCCGUCGGUUCUUGGUAGAGGAACAUUAUAAUAAAUGAUAAACACCAGAUUGCUUUUGUUCUACAUAUAUAUUGUAGAACACAAGCAAACUGGUGCUUUUCAUUAAUUAUUUUAUUUAUUGUUUCCCAGAAAUUCAUAUCGUCCUCGCCGUGUUUGUUUUGUAAUUAUGAACUGUGAAUGUAGACAAUCUCUGUCUCCUUUAUGAUUGUAUGCACAUGUGCCACGUUUUUAUUGUAUAAUUAGAAGUGAGAUAAUACACACCCUUUACUCAAAUUUUAGCGUAAAUUCUUCCAGUACAUUUUAUGAAAAUUCUGUUCAGAACGUUUCUUUCGUUUAUUUGAUAAGGAAGCUAUAUUGUACAAAACAUGAUGCUUAGUGUGUCAUGUGUACCGUUUUUCUCUGAUGGUAUCUUACAAUAAAUAGUUUCAUUGAA